ACCUCCCCCUCCGCCAUUUCUUUUGGCUCCUACGGGGAGCGGUGAUGGUGAUGGUGGCUGCUGCCGUUGUUCCGCGCUAGCGACGAAGAUUGUGCUCUCCCAAGCCGCCACACGCGAAAGCCUCGACGCAUGACGUAGCCGCCUCCAGCGUCAGGGCCCAGGCCUCGACCCUUCCGAGCAACAAAGGCGACGAUGACCCCGGGAGCGACCGAGGGUUUCCAGCCCCCCGACGCAGCAGCCGUCGUCAUGGUUCUAGUCGACUGAGGCUGCGCGUCUUCGAGACACAGUUCAGACCUGGCAGCAUGGUAGCAUGGGCACCGAGCAUGCCUCUGUGGCUGCCUGUCCUGUGGGCACUUCUCCUGGUCCCGUUGCCACCGUGUGCCGGAGACUGCGACCCGGACCAGCUCUCGGACGACAAGCUGAAACAGACGAAGGACUACACCACUCGGAGGUCGUUUCCAAAUGGUACGGUGCACGCCUACAGGUGCCAGAACGGCUACCAGCCCGCCAACGAGCUCCGCAACGCCACCUGUCGCGGUACCGUCUGGGUGCUGGACACUGAACGACCCCUCAACUGUCACGGUGUCGGCUGCGGAGCCCCCGAUGGGAGGAACGGCAUCGACCAUGGCACCUUCCGCUCCCUCGUCUUCACCUUCCCGAACAAAGUGGAGUUCGACUGCGAGAGAGGCUACCGGCUACACUCGCACGACAAUCAGCCCGUCGACUCGGACUACGGCAUCUACUGUCUGUCCAAUGGAGAGUGGAGCGAACCGCCACCCAAGUGCCUCGCCGUGGCGUGUCCGCAGCCGAAGGCGGUGGGCCACGGCCGCGUCGACACGUCGGACGGCUUCAAGUACCAGGCCGUGGCGCAAUACGAGUGCGACGGCGGGUACAGGCUGGUGGGGCCCUCGUCGCGGGAAUGCCAGGAGAACGCCACUUGGAGUGGAGCCGAACCGGUCUGCGAGGAGGUGAAGUGCCCUACGCCAGCCAACCCUCCCGGCGGGCAUGUUGUGGUGACGGGCACGUCCAUCGGCAGCAUCAUCAUCUUCAAGUGCUUUGCCAACGAUUUCACCAUGUCGUCUCGGUGCCUCCCCCAGGGGGUCUGGUCACGUGAUCCCCCCAAGUGUCCCCCUGAUGAGCUGAAACCGGCACCAGCGACCCCAACGAGCACCAGCACGACGCCUAAAACAACCGCGACGACGGUGGCACCAACACACUGCAUCCCGCUUUCGGGUCCCACCAACGGAAAGCUGUUCAGUGCCGAAGGAUUCGGGGUGAACUCGUCGGUGAUCUUCAUCUGCAACGAGGGGUACGUGAUGCGAGGCCCUUCCAACGUGACCUGCAAGCCUGGCGGCGUCUGGGACCCCCCCGUGGCCCCCACGUGCUUUGCCCCGCCGCCCUGGCUGAUCAUCCUGAGCGUGUGCCUGGCCGGGCUGGCAACGCUGGUGCUCUGCUGCCUGGGUCUCUUCUACAUCCUGAAGCGGCGGCGGCGCAAGAGUCCGCCGGCCCAGGGCUACAGGCGCCAGAUACGCAAGCCGGGCCCCUACGACGCUUGCACGAGGGACGAGGUGACCCACCUGGGCAAGCCGUUCCCAGUCACCAGCCUAUGAUUGGCUCUGGCUUGCAAGAGGGACGAUGGUCGUUCUACGCGGAGACCCUCGCGGCUUCGGCAGAUCGGCACCUCAGCCCCGGAACGAAAGAUCCCGUACGUUUGCUCUCCAGAGACCCUGUGGAGCAUCUGAUGGAGUCCCCGCAGGAGCCAGCUCGCCGAUUGCUUCCUUACAGCUUCUGUCCGGGAAGCUCGGAAGCACCUUGGUUUUAGUCCGCUUGCAUCGAGGUUCUGCUAAGUCUCGCUUCUCGGCAUGUUUGGUUUCGUCUUGGGGGAGCCCUCUUGGGGCUUCCGGGUUUCGAGGAAGUGGCUUGCUGCAAAAGCUGGCUUACAAACCGGUACGGGGCAGGGGACUUGAUCUGAAAUGACCGACCGCCUGUGUUCGAGUGUUCAAGUGCCGCGGCAUUGCUCUGACGACGUAACCUUGGAAAGAAGGGGACAAGCUGGGUUUGGGACGUGUCGGAGUCCCACGAAGGCUGGCACCUGAAGCGGUCUUCGUUGGCGGCGGACACCUUGGUUCCAGGAGGUAGGUGUCGGCGUGCCAAAGGGGACAUGUCGAGCGACCUCGUAGGAGGUGUUGCCGAGAAGGCACUGCAGCCACCCAGACGACGAUGGUCGAUUGCGGCGUGGAAUUCGUAGAGGCAUUUGAUUCCCUAGGAACUACGUCAAAGGUCAAGGCUUGUAGGUAAACUGCUUCGGCUGAGACGUUGUAUAGUUUGGGUGUAUUUUUUUAUGCACCGCAGAGUUUGAGAGGGACGCCAUUGAGUCGCUACUGUGGAUUAUGGUUAUUUCCGAGGGAAAUGGUCCCAACGCAAGAGUCAAUCGUUUUUUCAUUUUUCAGCAAUUUGCGAAUGAAUUUAAUGUGCACACCCCUCUUUAAAGUGCCGGGUGUAUUUGACAAAAUGCGAGUAUCCGAGUGAGAGUGUUGGUCGAACGAAUUGAGCUUAUUUUAUGAGAGGUACGCUCGGCCUGAAUUAAUUUCUUUAGGGAAGGAAACGCGAGUGGUGGUUAUGUUUUGUUAGAAGUUGUUUUGGCUGUUACGGUUGAGACCGUAGAAGUUCUGGUACGAAUUGCUUCACUUCUGUGUCGCGGCUUAGAAGGAUGGAGGUUGAAGUUUACUGUGACAUCGAGACUCGGUUAGUUUUGGACUGCAUUUAUUUUUUGUGCCUUGCUGGCUGACAAGGCAGUGCGUUCAUUCUAAUGCGUUGAACGAGUAUAUUUUGUUACUGGUUGGAGUACAAUCCAUUUCCUUUUUUGGAAGUGAAACGACCUGCUUUGUUGCUUACCCUACUACGGGCUUGCCAAAUGACGACCCUUAACAGUGCAAUUUCAGAUUCUGGAACCUCACGACGUCUAGUUUUUGAUGUCUGUUUUGUUUUCGUCGCUUGAUUCACGUGCCGUUUUCGAUGUCCAGCUUGACUGCCCGUCCUAUGCUUGUGCCUUGUCUGGAGGAGACCUCCGGUAUCUGUCUACUCAGUCUGUGUGCCUUGCUAGUUUUGUACUUUCCCAUCAGAUGCGAGGCAGGCUCUGGCCUUUCCCUGCUUCAAAACCACUUCCAAAGCAUCGCAGCAAUGGUGUUCAGCGUGGCAGACUGACUUUUUUCCCCGACAUUUCCGCCGAUUUGCUGCGGAGACGAUCGUCGCAUCGUGUGACAUUAUGGAGGACAACCAAUUAACCAACCACCUGAAUCACCAUCUGCAGCAAUUCCUCGCCUUGUUCGUUACCGGCUUUCUCUGUUCCAUCGAUUUGUAGAGAGGUUUUCUGGCUAGGAUUGCAAGAAAUUUCCUUCAGUCUUACUAAUAUGCCAUUUGUAAGGCCCAAUGAACUGUAAUCACAGUUGCAAUCACUUGCAAGGGCAUGCCUGUUUAAACUGUUGUCUGUAUAACUAAGAGCCGUCUUUUUGUUUUGGCUGCUUGCCUCGUUGAAGCUUUAAGUCGUACAUACCUUCGUACCUCCGGAGCUGAAUUGUUCCGACACUUUGAGUUGACGGGUUGUUUUGUGGAAUACACUCAGACUUGGAACUCUGAGGGGCAUUACGUGCGUGGCACAGCCAUCUGCAAGAGCUUUGCUGUUUAUAAACAGAUAUUGGACGCCGUCGCAUAUUUCGAAACAUCUUAUUAUUUGUUUUUGCACUGCAUUUAUUUUUUAAAGGCUGCACAGUUGACACCACUUUGAGCCAUGAAGUACAGUGCUAAUUACACUUGGCUGUAAUGCGGCAGUGUGCAAAGUUCUUCGGCGAGUGCUAGACUGAUUGCACUUGCGACAACUAAUCUACAGGGUGUCUCAAAUGGCGGCCGGGCUUUUUAAAUCGAUUGCAAAAAUCGGUUUCUUCACCUAUAGCGCCACGAUUUUGUGUAGUGUUGCCCACAUUGACUUAAAACGAAAGAAACACGUGGUGCAUUUUUCUAUAAAAUUUGCAAAGAGCGAACUUACAUGAGAAAAAGGUAAAAAAAGAAAAAGGCUUAGCUCCUAUGGAAACGCAGCGAAGCCACCGGUCUUCAAACAAUAGAGCGUCCUUUUGUUUGAAGACCGGUGGUUUCACUGCGUUUCCAUAGGAGUUAAGCUUUUUUCUUUUUCUACUUUUUCCUCGGGCAAGUUCGCUCUUUGCAAAUUUUAUAUUGAAAGAAAUGUACCACAUGUGGGCAACUCUGCACAAAAUCGUAGUGCGAUAGGUUAAGAAACCGAUUUUUGCGGUCAAUUUAAAGAGCCCGGCCGCUAUUUGAGACACCCUGUAGUCACGUGGGUAACAUGGAACGGUCUGCUCGAAUAUAGCUCGAGGGUUGUCCUGCCUACUCGAUGUGGGCUGCCACUGAAUGUGUGGAAGGCUGCUUGCGUGCUUUUCACAAACGCCGCCUAGUUAAAAGUACCCAUUGGGUCCAAUUGGCUUUUCCACUUGGUAUCAUUUGGCGUAACCAUUUGUGUUUUCAGACUUGCAAUUGCAGAAAUACCAAUUGGUAUUUGCCCAAUUGGAGAAAUACCCAUUGGCAUUUAUUUUAAAUUGGAACCUUAACCAAUUGAUACUAUUGCAGUUGGAACUGUAACAUUAGUAUUUUUCCAAUUGGAAGUGUAACAAGUUGUGUUUUGGAACUUGCAAACUCGAAAAUACAAAAUGAGCUCGUUUGCUUGGUCCCUUUACUACCAUUCAACGGCAUAGUCAUAAGAACGAGCACUUGAAGCUUAAUGGGACAUUCAUUGUAUGUCCCACUAAGUUAAGUAUAUGACAAGUGAAAGCUUUUUUUUU